CACCGGGGGGUGCGCGCUCCUAUCACGUGUCCCAAUCCUGCUUCCAGUGUGACCCUCACCAUCCUGCGGGUGGCAUGCGUCGGGGGCCCGCUCUCUCGUCAGGUGGGCUCCUCGUCUGUCCUGCUGCAGGAGGAGGAGGGGGUGAUCCGGGAGGCCGUUAGGACCCGGGGGAACACCAGCCGCCGUGCGGGGCUCCGGCGCCCACGCCUCCCACCAAAAAUUCACAGCCCGGUGCUGCUGGGGCGCUCUCACCCCCGUUUUCUCCAGAGAGCGGAGCCCGGAGCCGGCAGCGAGGAAGCCUUCUCCCCCCGCCGUCUCAGGCAAAGGCACCUGCAGCGGACGGAGCCGGCCGAGGCACGGCGGCGCGGCACUGGAGUGAAUGAUGGAAUAAGCUAUCCUGGCUUUUGGAUGGAUUACACUACGUAUGAACUGAAUGUUAUACUUUCUUGCAAGGAUAUGAACAAGUCCUUUUCAAACAGCAGAACAGCAAAAACCUUUUGAAUGGAUCACACUUACAGCAUGCCAUUAGUUGAAUGGGCUCAGCAUUUCUCGUGCUAAAUACUCUGAAGUUAAGAAUCUGGAAAAGAGAUCUUUGCAGAGAUGACUCAUUUACAAACUGGACUUAGUCCAGAGAUUAUAGAGAAAGCCCGUCUGGAACUGAAUGAAAACCCAGACGUUUUGCAUCAGGAUAUCCAGCAGGUCAGGGACAUGAUCAUUACCCGGCCUGACAUUGGGUUUUUACGUACAGAUGAUGCCUUCAUCUUGAGAUUUCUCCGAGCCAGAAAGUUUCACCAAGCAGAUGCCUUCAGACUGCUGGCCCAGUACUUCCAGUACCGCCAGUUAAACCUGGAUAUGUUCAAGAACUUCAAGGCUGAUGAUCCUGGGAUCAAACGGGCUCUGAUUGAUGGGUUUCCUGGAGUGUUGGAAAAACGUGAUCACUAUGGCAGGAAGAUUCUUCUGCUUUUUGCAGCUAACUGGGAUCAGAGUAGGAACAGCUUCACAGAUAUUCUACGGGCUAUCCUGUUGUCCUUGGAAGUUCUCAUUGAAGAUCAAGAGCUUCAGAUAAAUGGCUUUGUUUUAAUUAUUGACUGGAGCAAUUUUUCCUUCAAGCAAGCCUCUAAGCUAACACCAUCCAUCCUCAAACUGGCCAUUGAAGGGUUACAGGACAGCUUCCCUGCUCGCUUUGGAGGAGUCCAUUUUGUCAACCAGCCCUGGUACAUCCAUGCCCUGUACACGCUAAUCAAACCAUUCCUCAAAGACAAGACAAGGAAAAGGAUCUUUCUCCAUGGUAACAAUCUAAACAGCCUUCACCAGCUAAUACACCCUGAAUGCCUGCCCUCUGAAUUUGGAGGUACGCUUCCGCCGUAUGACAUGGGAACUUGGGCUCGGACAUUACUUGGCCCUGACUACAGUGAUGAAAAUGACUACACUCACACGUCCUACAAUGCGAUGCAUGUGAAGCACUCAUCGUCCAACCUAGAGAGGGAGUGUUCACCGAAACACAUGAGAAGGUCUCAGUCUGUGGUGGAACCUGGCACGAUGAAACAUGAGGAACUGGGUGAGAGCGAGAACACCCAACUUCUACUGGCUCUAGACUGAGUUCUGCAUUACCAACUCUCACAAACGUAUUGCCAAACUUCAACAGCAUCAGAAACCUGCAAAGCACACAGCACGCUUUAAACAAACACACACACUCUUUUUGCUUGAAAACAGGACCUCCAUUUUUCCAGACCAAGUAACAAUUGUCACAAGCCCCCUGUCUGUUCAGCCAAAGCUACACAGAGAUUUCUUUUGGUGAAGGAUGCUAACUCAGAUAUCGUAAGGAGUCUAGUUGUAAAAAACAAAUUAUUCAUUUAUUUAUUUUCUUUUUAGUUUUGCAACAUUAAAAUGACUGAAAAGUGAAGGACAGACUCCUUUGUACACAUACAAAUGAUGCACAGAUGGAGGUUUUUCUGGGAUGCGCUGCAGUUUUCCUAAAAUGAUGUUUAGAUUAAGUGCAUUUUAAAGUACAGUAUUUUGAAGUUAUCGCGUGCAGUCUAAUUAUUAGGUUUAAUGUAGCUCAGAGACCCGAGAUAACAUCUCUAAUACCUUUGAAUCCCUAACAAGCUUUUUUUCUUUUUUACCCACAACAUCACCAGCAUAAUGUUAUUCAACAUUACAGUAUGUGAUAUCACCCCGGCUACUUGCAGGAUUCACUUAUUUCAGUACCUGCAAAGAUUAUUUUUUAUUUAUGAAGCUUUUAUAAAACUGUCAGAUAAAUGUAAUGAGCUAUGUGGGCAGCAGACACACACAAUUUGAAAUGUGAUUAUUUAAUUUCAUUAAUGUGUUUUUCCACAGGCAGCUCAACAUCCUGUUAGCCUUGUGUGUGUGUGGGUGGGGAAGAAUUCACUGGAAACAUUCACUGGUGAUGAAUGGCUCAAUCCAGAUUGUUUCAUUUAGGUCACUACUGCAAAUGAAAGCUCUGCAAAACCAUUUAACCCUCUUUCCUCCUGCAAUCAGCAAAAGGUGUAGCCAGAGGCAUAUAUUGAUUGCGGAUGGAGGCUGUGGCUAAAAUGGAAAGGGAACUCUUAGAAUGAAUUAUAUAAAAUAAUGCUUUGACUGGAAGGAAAUGUGGAAGAAAAGAAAUGUAGAACUGAAAUGCCAAAGAUCAGUUUGUUAUUUCUCUCUGUGCUCUACUUACAAAAUGAAUCCCAUCCUUACACUGAAAUGGAAAUAGAUUAAAAAAAUAAAAAAUCCACUGUUAAGAAAUUUCAUCUGCAGUGACUAUUUUCUCAAACAGUUAUACAGAUUUUUGCAUGCACUUUUUACCUUCCAUUCAUUGUAUUAUGUAGCUUUUAUUAGGACAAGCGUUCCGUGCCCAUGUGUCAAAUAAGGCAAUGUAAGUCAGAUACACAACAUGCAUUGACAGUAGACAGCAUAAUAUUCUUUUUAACCGUGCCUUAGGGAGGGCCACAUAACUCAUGAGUGGUACGUUGAUGUGAUGAUGUAGUUCAACUGACACAGUCAUCUCUAAUGAGUGAAAACAAAAUGUGCCACCUCUAACUGACAUAGAAUAUCACACUUACACCUGGCCAGAUGGGGGUGUCUGUCAGACACUAUUACACACAAGUAGGGAUUAAGAGCUAUUAAUAAAGCUACUAAUGGUACAGGCAGAAUAACUGCAGAAAGAGUACAAUUUCUGUAGGGUUUAUAUUUCUCAGAAGUAUGGGGUAGAUUAUAGGGCUUGAUCUGCAGGGUGGUAGGAGCUCUGCAAGGUGAUGCAGAUGUCAGCAAGUAUUGAGGGCCCUACACAUUUUGCAGGAGUGCCCAGAAUCACAGAGAACACAGCAUGUUGUAAGAUUGAAACCAUAUAGCUUAGGGAUGUUUCCCCUCAUGAGAAUCCAUGGUAGAAUGCACUAGGCAGAUUGGCAAGUAGUUUAACAAAGCACUGGCUUCCAUAGAAAUUGUAAUGUAAUGUCUCACAGCCCUAGUCUACACUAGGACCUUAUUUCAAAGAAACCCCUCCAAAGUCAAAUAUAUAAGAGAUGUAUCCUCAUUACCAAACCCAUUAUUUCAAAAUAACAGGCCAUGGAAUUUGAACUCUGUGCUCCUGCUUUUCAUCAGGAGUAAUACUAAUUCUGAAAUCGUAAUUUUGAAAUGACGGUAGUGUGGAUGCUCCAGUGCCACUAAUUGAAACUUAUUGGCCUCUGGGAGGCCUCCUGCAGCUCCUUAGAGUGCUUCUAAGUCUAGUGCUUGGGGCACUAAGUCCAAGGUAGUGAGAACAUGCUACUUCGAAUUUGUUAAAUCGGGAGUUCUUCAGUCGAAUUUAGUAAUUUCAAAAGAGUUUCCUAGGGUAGAGAUAGCCUCAAUCCCUUGUUUUAGUGUCUUCCUAGAUAAGACACUUACCUGUGCUGGCUUUGAAAUGAUGCUCUCAGAAGAAGAGUGUGCUAACAUUUUGUAAGUCAUGAGGUAGAGAGAAAGAAAACUGAGAAAAUCUUAUCUGCGGAAUUCUGCAAUACAUUUUAAUAGCCUGAGUUUAUUUCAGUAAGAGUCGUGCGGCUCAAACAUUUUGAGUGCCACUGAAUUCCUAGUGAGUGAGCAUCAGCCUCUAGAAAAGAUUAGAGACCAUUAAGAAGUUAUGACUAUUACGUACAGUGGUGACAUGAAUAAACUUCUCUAUUGCCCUGUAAUAUAUAUCUCAAUAUAUCAGUGCAUGAAUAAAAGAUGGUGGCUCUCAUUUAACUCUGUGCUUAGGUACAUAACUAUGAACAGGAAAAAGAAACAUGUUUUAUUGAUUUAUUGGUACAAUACAAUACAAAUAUUACAAGAACAAAUCAUAUCACACCAGCUCGAUAGCUUUCUUUGAUAGGAUAACAAGCUUUGUGGAUAAGUGGGAAGCAGUAGAUGUGGUAUAUCUAUCUAGACUUUAACACAGCAUUUGAUACAAUCUUGCAUGGCUCUCUCACUAACAAACUAGGGAAUACAACCUAGAUCAGAGCUGGGCAAGAUGUGGCCCGGGGGCCAGAACCAGCCUACCUAACACUUUGAUCCAGUGGACUGGAUCUGGCCAUUUUCUAUUUAUAUCCUACUGCCUGUGCCAGCAAAUUUCCAGGCAGUGGCUCAGCCAUCAGGAUCCUAUUUCAAUGGCUCACGGCUCCCAGUUGUGGCACUACCUUGGCAGGAGCCGUAGCAGUGAGCCUUUAAAAAGCUGAAGUAAUCCCAGGCAGCUGCCAAGCAAUGGGGUAGUGGCAAGGCUGGGAGCCACAAGCCCUUUGCUGUAUAUUUAAUUCAGAGCCUGCAGCCUCAAACUACUCUCAUGAGAGGCUAGUCCCAGCCCCACCCCUUCCACCCUAGGCCCUCUUCCAGGGGGUAGAGCUGGCCCAUGACCAUAUUGCAAACUUCAUUAAGUGGCCUCCCUGCAAAAAUUACUGCGCAACCCAACUUAGAUGGAGCUACUUUAAUGUGGAUGCUUAACUGGUUGGAUACCCAUUCCCAGAGGGUAGUUAUCAACGAUUCACAGUCAUGGUGGAAGGGUAUAACAAGUGGGGUUCUGAAGGGAUCAGUUCUGUUCAAUAUCUUCAUCAAUGAUUUAGAUAAUGGCAUAGAAAGUACACUUAUAAAAUUUCUGGAGGAGACCAAGCUGGCUGUAAGUGCUUAGAAGAUAGAAUUAUAAUUCAAAAUGAUCUGGACAAACUGGAGAAAUGUUCUGAGGUAAACAGGAUGAAGUUUAAUAAGGACAAAUGCAAAGUACUCCACUUAGGAAG